AUGAUCAUGGGCUCCUCCGACUUCAACCCCAAUACUGCUCGGUCAGACCCAGCAUUCACCACCCUCACCUCUAAUCCAGAUGUUCGAGCCCGUCCCUUCUCAACUGUUGAGAAGCUUCUCUAUCACUUCAAGACCGUCACAGCUCCCCUCGGAAAGGAACACCUUUCCAUCUACUCUGCUCUGAAGUUGUCAUUUCCUUCUUCGGUGGUAGAUCCAGUACCCCACCUCCGUACAACAUGGGCUGCUACAGUAAAACACCAUCCACACCUUGGAAGCGUGCUCAACUUGCAAAACCACACUGAUGAAUCCGGAAACACUCCGGCUAUACUUAUUCCCACCUAUGAUGCUGAUGAAUGGUUGUCCAAGACAUUCACAGUCGAGCACAAAGCAACGAGUGCAACAGAUCUCUUCGAAUCAGCCAAAAAUGAAGAAUAUGCGACUUGUAUUUGGAUUCCCUUUUCUUCUCAAGUGCUCUUCCAAACAAGUCACUGGCGAAUGGAUGGAGGCUCAGUAAUGACCAUUGCGGUCAAUUUCCUUCAUGUUCUCUCACAAUCCCUCGCCAAAGGCGCUGACGCCGCACUCGACAGUUUCAAAUCCCCUGUUGGUGAUGGGAGCAUAGCACCAAACGUGGAUUGGAUUCUAGACACAUUUGCCGACGAGGCCAGCACCCCAGACUACAUGAUAAAAGCUGCAGAUACUAUGUACACUGACAUGUUGGCCGGUGCACCCAGUGUGGCGCUUCCUCCAAGAGAAGGAAGCAAUGAAACCAUCCCUGGAGACUCUACCCGAGCCACUCUCAAUUUUGGUAAAGAUACUACGAGUCAAUUACUGGCAGGGAGCAAAGCGAAAGGUAUCACAAUAUCUCUCGCUACCCAUGCUGCUAUUAUUCGCUGUUCGGCGAGGUACCCUCAACACCCGCUGUGCAAGUCUUAUGGGAGAUUCGCCCCCGUUGAUAUACGAAAAGACUUCCCUUCGCCAUACAAUACGCCUCAGUACUCUAUUGGCGAAUAUUGUGCUGCUUUUCCUGUUAUUGUCUUGGAUGUGGUCAACGAGAACAGGACUUUUUAUCAAGUUUGUGAGGAAUUGCAAAAGUCAUACCAACGUGCCAGAAAUUCUGGGUUCGUGGACGAUGCGGGACAACCCGUGGCCACUGCUGAACUUGGUGCGCCUUUUAUCAGAAGGAUUCUUGACUUGGUCAAUACUGCUCCACCUCCCGACAUGCCGACUGUUCAGGCUGUCGAUUUUGCCAGCAUGGGCUUGGUAGAGAAGGUUCUGGAUCGCAAGUAUCCUAUUCCAGGUGGAAAGAAUGAAGGAGAUGUGGUAGUGGAAGAUUUUUGGUUGGGGACGCAGACUAUAGCAAAGGCUGUCCAGUGUCAUGGUUGGACGUUUCGGGAUCAGUUUGUAUUAACGGCAAGCUGGAAUAAGAGCUACUACGAUAAGAUUUUCAUAGAGAACUUUUUGAAGGAGGUCAGAGACGAGAUGGUUCGUGGCCUCCAGGCUUAG